AGUAUCAUGAUUAAAAAAUCUUUUGAUCUCGAUUCUUUUUACCAGUUACUUAAAGCACGCGUUUUUCACAAUAUAGACUAUCAGACAUGGCUAUUGAAUUCGAUGAAUGACGCGACAUUACCUAUUCAUCCCAAGUUUAGUCUUGUCAUUGAUGAAUUCGUUCAAAGUAUAUUCUUGACUGACCAAUGUCAAAAGAUACCUGAAGAGAUCAUUCAACCCUAUUUUGAUGACUGUACAACUAUUUCCCCUACACAAAUCCUUGUGCUUUUAUAUAUCUUGACAUUCAAUGAUUACAUAAUCGCAUUUCGCACUGAACCAAAGCUUGUUGCUCUUUCUUCUAACAAUUCUAUUGUACAAGAGGAAUACUCGAAUGAACUAUUAGACCGUAUCCCGAUUCGAUAUAUUCUAGACUAUGUUGAACUUCAAGCAAGACAGCCUUACAAAGCAAUCUAUUCAGAUUUGUUGGCACUUGCUGCCAACUUGUUUCCCGAGUUUUUUGAUGUUCAGAGUUUUUUGAUACAGGAAGGGAAAGAUGUAUCAUGGGAUCACCAUACAAGACCAAAGACAAUGUCGCUAGAUCAAUUGCAGCAUCAGCUAAAUCAAUGGGAAUUGAAUCCAGCAACGACGAUUGAAGCACUAUCUUUUUUAGAAACAAUAGCUGCUCCUGAGAAGGAAGGAUAUAUAUCAUGCAUGCUAUCUACACUUGUGGACCCAUGUUUAGCAAACAAACUGGAUGAUAGAAUUGCAGAAGCCUUUAGAUCCACUUGGGAAACAUUCAAUCGUGUGAUACCGCAUACUUUGUGGGCAAUGACCAUCAACUAUUUAAUUCCAGAGACAAGCAAUUAUACAUUGAAUGAUUUGAAUCAAGAUAUUCAUAUCGUAUUUAAAUGUGAUUCACGUAUAUUUAGAUCUGAACAGUUACUACCUAUUUGGCUACAUAUUCUAUCAUGUCUUCGAACAAUGUCUAGGCAUCGUAUUUGGAAGAGAUACCAUACUCAUUUCUCUCGUCCUGAAAAUCAUUCUAUUAAUUCACGUAAUGUAAUGGCUCUUGUUAACGCACAAGAUUCAUUCACAAUCCAACUAUUACUUGAGCUUUGUCUAGCAAAACCAAAAGAUAAAGACAAUCAAGAUGCUCUAGAGAAAUCAAGGAAAUUGAUAUGUGAUUUUAUUCAUACUAUCUUUAUUGAUGGUGAUCGAGAUAUGCUUUUAGCCAAAAUACUUCACUUUCAGACUUACUCCACAGACUUGAUCCCUGUCGUUGUCAAACUGAUACCCUCGCUUUAUAUUGUACUUAGUUUUAUUCCUGAACUCACAAGACAACCUCAAUUAGAAAAACAAGUGUUUGGUAUCUUAAUAGCAUGUCAUUUAUGUGAAAAAUACCCUUUAGAAAACUACUUAAUCACAGCAGAAAAACAUGUACUCCCUCGUUUACUUCGCAUUGCAUUUCCUCUGACACGAGAAGGACAACCUUCCAAUGUCUGCGUGCCAUCCGAAUUUCUGGUCAAGGCUAUCCCAGGCUUUGUUCAUCUUGCUCGUGCAUUUCCUCACUUUGGCCCAAAAAUCUUGAGUGCGUUUGAUGAUAUCGCGAAAGGGUUACCUGAGCCCAAGCAAUUCAUUGGUCAAGAGGGCAAUAGUAAAAUCAUUCUAGUGCUUCAAUUGCAUGCUGUUCUAAAAGAUUCGAGAGAACAAGUAGAAACAGAAGUUCGCAAAAUGGACUUGGUGAACAAAGUAAUUCUUUAAGUCUUUGAAAAGCAACACAAACACGAACAAAACCAUCUUAUGUUUUGGAAAAAAA